CGCGAACUUAGUUGUAAUCUCCCAGUGCUUGUGAAAUUAGUGAAAUUAACAACCAGAUAUGCUAUGGUUCGUUCUAUUUUUAUUCAUAGUUGCCCUGAUCUACAUAAAUACAGAGAAACCAAAAAAUUUCCCUCCCGGACCACGAUGGGUUCCAUUAGGAAGUAUACUUUUACAAGUUUUAAAUAAAAAAUCUAUAAAUAAAUCACUUACCGAAGCUACAGCAGAAAUGAGCAAAAACUUUGGACCUGUUUUGGGUUUAAAGGUUGGAAAGGAUCCAAUUAUAAUAAUAUAUGGACCUCAUAUAAUCAAGGAAUUUUCUACAUCAGAUGAUUUUAUUGGACGACCAAUAGGAUUAUACUAUAAUUUAAGAACUUGGGGUAAAAGAUUAGGUAUUCUUUUAACUGAUGAAGAGGUCUGGCAAGAACAAAAACGUUUUAUUGUAAAACAUUUGAGAAAGUUUGGAUAUGGAAGUAAUAAUAUGACUUUUAUCUUACAAGAAGAAAUUAAAUAUCUAAGCGAUUCUCUAGAAGAGGCAAUAAGUAACAGUGGAUACAUAAUUUGUGAUAUAAGAAAUUUUUUUAAUGUUGGUAUUCUGAACACCUUAUGGAAACUGAUUUCGGGAAAACGUUAUGGCUAUGAAGACCGAUAUAUGGUGGAACUUCAGAACAUAUUAACUAAACUCUUUAAAACAAUCCAUAUGACAGGCGCUCCGUUUAGCCAUUUUCCUUUUUUAAAAUACAUAUCCCCUGAGAUGUCCGGUUAUAAAUGCUAUAUUGAUGCCCAUAUUAGUGUUUGGAAUUUUUUAAGAAAUGAACUGCAAUGUCACAAGAGAAUUCUCAACUUAAACACAGACCCGACAAACCUAAUGGAUACUUACCUUGCACAGUUGAAUUCAAUAGAAAACGGUACGUCGUUUACAGAAGCUCAAUUACUUGCCAUAUGUAUGGACAUGUUUAUGGCGGGAUCAGAAACAACGAACAAUACGCUGAAAUUCUGUUUUCAACACUUAAUUUUGAAUCAGGACAUUCAAAGAAAAGCACAGCUGGAGAUUGAUGACGUAUUAAGAGGUCGGCUACCUACCCUAGAGGAUAGACUAAAGAUGCCUUAUAUGGAGAGUAUAGUAUCGGAGUCCCUAAGAAUGUUUGGAGGUAGAGCAAUUACAGUACCGCAUAGGGCAUUGAAGGAUACUAAAAUCGCAGGAUUUAAUGUUCCGAAAAAUACUGUCAUUGCAGCUAAUUUACAUGGAUGUAUGAUGGGCCCCGACUCUGGAUUCAAAAAUCCAGAAUGUUUUGUUCCCGAGCGGUUUCUAGGAAAAGAUAAACUUUCAAUACCAGACAAUUUUAUUCCUUUUGGCUUAGGGAAAAGGAGGUGCAUGGGAGAAUCACUAGCUCGCGCAAAUAUAUUUCUCUUUACUGCCGCAUUACUUCAAAAUUAUAAUUUCUUUAUGGUACCAGAACAUCCUCCCGGAAUGGGUGUAGCGGAUGGCGUAACACCAGGACCUUUUGAUUUUAAAACAAAAAUUAUGAAACGUUACUAAUGAUAGAACUACAUAUUUUCUCAUAUACAUAUAUUUUUCAUGUCGUAUAUAUUUCUCAUAUAUUUUUUUAUUAAGCUAGCCACUUUACUACCUUAUAUUUUAAUGUACAUUUAGAAAACAAAAUAGAAGCUGUGAAGAUAUUUUAUUAUUAAGUUUCUAUAAAGCUUCAUUGAGAACCUCGAAAUUAAUGGAAUAAAUUAGUUGAUUUCAAUUAGCGUAGAAAUUUGUUCCUCUAAUGUCAAUGUAAGCAUUCAGAACGUCAAAGUUAGUGAUAGUAACUUUAAAUUAGUAGAAAAAGUUCACAAACUACUAACUUUUGCCAUUAAUUAUACUUCAAAAUUUGGGGGUAAUGUCAUUUUUGCCUUUAGUUUUCAUCCGCCUUUAAUUUUCAUCUGAAAUUGUGGUUAUAAAUCAAAUGUUUAUUGUUUUAUAAGUUAAUUAUUAGGCUUUCUACAGAGAUUGUUAACUGGACAGUUACUUAUAGGGGAACAGAAUGGCAACACUGCCUAUUGAGAAUGCAUGCACUUAUAGGGUUUUCUGCCGACUCGUCCCGUCGUCUAUCGACGAGCGGGCCGAGGUUGCCAUAUUUCAACCAUAAAGCUCUUGCCGCGCGUAAUAAACAAAUUAACAACCUGUAUGUAUAUAAUUGACAGCCGCAAGCUGUUAGGAUAUCUAGUCUUUUUUAGACAUUCUAAUGAAGUAUAAAGUGUAAUUGAAACCACUAAUUUAUUCCACUAAUUUCGAGAUUAAGUCAUUGUACUGGACUUUACUAAUUCUCUUUAAUACCGCAUAUCUUUUAAAUAUUGAUAUUGAAACAACAGUAUAUAUUUUCCCUCUUUAAUUGUUUUGAUUUACAUAU